AUGUUGGAACCCUCACUGGACGACAUAACUGGCGGAUCUCCUGAGGAGACGACGAGUGGAUAUAGCCUGCAUAAAGAAAACAAAAUGGAAGGAAAAAUCCUUCGAACUGUCACCGCCUAUGCUCCUCAAACCGGAUGCAAGGAGAAAGAAAAGAAUAUGUUCUGGCAGGAGCUUGACGAUUACAUCGCAUCCAUACCACAGGAUGACUCCUGCUCGGAGCAGACCUAA